AUGGUUCGUGUUUGUGCAUUUCCAAAUUGUGCCAACAAAAUGUCGAAGAACACUCCACGCAGCUUUCAUAGACUACCUUUGUUGGAUAGGGACACACUGAAGUUGUGGCUUGUUGUGAUACAAAUGGAUCCCAACACUCCUGUUCAUACACUACGCCUUGCAGACCAUCGGGUCUGCAGUGACCAUUUUCACCGGGAUGACUACUGCCAGCCAAAGAGAAGAAGAAAUCUUAUACCAAAGCACUUUUUCCUAAAGAAAAAUGCUGUUCCAAGAGUGGAGAGACCUGCUGCAGACAGAGUGAAGAUGGAAGAUGGCCAGACACUGUUUGACUAUAACGUGGGACUCAAUGACAUCGUCCAGCUGCUGAUUCGCUCACAGACCGACCCUCCAGACAGCCACGCCACCAAGGACUCCUCUGGUGUGGCCUGUAGUUCAGGCCUCCCCCCUGACUCCAGGUCAGAAAGCCACAACUCCCCAGCUCCCGCCUCCCCUGCUGCUAUGGAAAUCCCAACAAAUAUAGACAAUGGCAACAGCAGCAUCACUACCAGCACUGUUAACGAAACCAAGCCAGACACCAGCGCUACCAGUAACUCAUCCAGUACCAAAAAUGGGUUAAACUCCUCCAGUCCGGCACGGGACACCCAGCCCCCCACAUCCAGCAGAAACACACUAGUCAACCCAGGAAUUGGUGUGUACAAGAUUAACGAGCUGGUGGACUGCAGAGACGUCAGCAUCGGUGCCUGGUUUGAGGCCUGCCUCGAAAAUGUGACACGCGCUCCCAAAGGACAGAUAACGCCCACCAAGGGCAAGGUGGGCCGGCCCCCAAAAAGGACUAAUGGAAAGCUGGAGGCCGAGCAGGGACAGGCCUACGGCCAGGGCCAAACCACAGACAGUAACAGGAAUAAUGUUGUGUUAGGCUCUGAGAGUAAUGGAGCCUCCACCUCUCAGACAGACUCUACAGCAGCUACAGAGACCAAGGAGAGAGAAGAGGAUGUCAUUUACCACAUUAAAUAUGACGAUUACCCAGAGAACGGUGUGGUUGAGAUGCGACCGGUGGAUGUGCGGCCCCGUGCCAGGACCCUGCUGCGGUGGGACCAGCUCCAGGUGGGCAUGCAUGUGAUGGUCAACUACAAUAUGGAGACACCAGAUGAGAGGGGCUUCUGGUUUGACGCUGAGGUUCAGACCCUCAACCAAGCCUCCCGUACCAACAAGGAGCUCCGAGUCAAGAUCCUCCUGGGGGGUCCUGGAGAUAUAAUCGGGGAUUGUAAAGUUCAUUUUCUGGAUGAAAUCUACCAGGUGGAAAAACCAGGAGCUCGUGCACUCUCAGCCUCAGAUGGACAAUUUAAACGGAAGAGCGGACCGGAGUGCAAGCACUGCAAGGCUGACCCCGAAGCAGAGUGUCGCUUCUGCUCCUGCUGUGUGUGUGGCGGCAAGCAGGAUGCUCACAUGCAGCUGCUGUGUGACGAGUGUAACAUGGCGUUCCACAUCUACUGCCUCAACCCGCCGCUGGCCACCAUCCCGGAUGACGAGGACUGGUACUGUCCCACCUGUAAGAACGACACCAGUGAGGUUGUCAAAGCUGGGGAGAAACUCAAAGCCAGCAAGAAGAAAGCCAAGAUGCCUUCGGCAACAACUGAGAGUCAAAGGGACUGGGGAAAGGGUAUGGCCUGUGUGGGACGUACCAAGGAGUGCACAAUUGUUCCUUCGAACCACUAUGGACCCAUACCCGGCAUUCCUGUUGGAGCCACCUGGAAAUUCCGAGUUCAGGUGAGUGAGGCAGGUGUUCACAGGCCGCAUGUUGGUGGUAUCCACGGGCGCAGUAACGAUGGCUCCUAUUCGCUGGUGUUGGCUGGGGGCUUUGAGGAUGAAGUGGACCGGGGAGAUGAGUUCACCUACACAGGCAGUGGGGGUCGUGACCUCUCAGGAAACAAACGGAUCGGAGAGCACUCUUUUGACCAGACCCUGACACACAUGAACAGGGCAUUGGCCUUAAACUGUGAUGCACCUCUGAAUGACAAAGAUGGGGCAGAGUCUAGGAACUGGCGGGCAGGAAAGCCAGUGAGAGUAGUGCGCAGUUCCAAAGGUCGACGCAUCAGCAAAUAUGCUCCUGAGGAGGGAAAUCGCUACGAUGGUAUUUACAAGGUGGUAAAGUACUGGCCAGAGAUUGGCAAGUGUGGUUACCUGGUGUGGCGGUACCUCCUGAGACGGGAUGAUUUGGAACCAGCACCAUGGACACCUGAAGGACUGGAGAGGAUCGAAAAACUUGGCCUUGCUGUUCAGUACCCACCCGGCUACUUAGCGGCCAUGGCUAACAAAACAAAGAAGGAGGCCUGCGCCCGACCUGGUCGCGGAGGACGGACUAAGCACUAUCCCGGGAGAGGGAGGCCACGGAGACGCAAGAUCAAGGAGAAAGAAGAGAAUUACGAGGAAGAAGAAGACGAGCAGCCAAUGGCCAGUGUGUAUGAGGAGGAGCCACAGAGUAAUGGAGAGCAGAAGACAACCAGCGAUAACGAGUCGCCACCAGCGGUGGAGCCUCCCUCUAAAAGGGUGAAGAUAGAGGAGACUUUCCAUCUGUCACAGCAGCAGCAGCAGUUAAUCCGGGAGGACACAGCCAACAGGAAACUCUGGGAUGAAGCCAUGGGACACCUUAAAGAGGGACCGAAUUUCCUGCGGAAGAUGGAGCAGAUCUUCAUGUGCGUGUGCUGCCAGGAGCUGGCCUACCAACCCAUCACCACCAUUUGCUCACACAAUGUUUGCAAGACUUGUCUACAGCGAUCGUUCCGAGCGGAUGUGUACACCUGCCCUGCCUGCCGUCACGACUUGGGCAAAGACUACGUCAUGACCCAAAACGUGACGCUUCAGGUGCUGCUUGACCAGUUCUAUCCGGGCUACAGCAAAGGCCGAUGAGAUCGAAAUCACAUUUCUAAGUAGAACCCGUACAUACACGCACAUGCGCAUCCAUUCUGUGCACCCAUGUAUACCGUCAAGUACCUAGAGCUCCACUUUAAAAUGCAUUGCGCACACAUACUGUACUUACCCACGGGCAAAUGUUUAUUGCAUAUACAGCCAUUUAUGUAUACAAUCAUUUACACACAAACAACCUCGGUAGACACUGACCUCAUCUGUUGAACCUGGACUUUCUCCAUUAACAUCACCAGCCUGAAAUUCAACCAAGGACAUUUUUUAACCUCCCGACUGCUACUCCCUACAAACGCACAAAAGGAGCCCCAAUUCACACCCACUCGCCAACUCAAGAUAUUAGCACUUUUUUUUUUUUUUUGCCCUUCCACUGUGUUUUUCACACAUAAAUUGACAUUUCAUAUCAUGAAAUCAGCCAUUAGACUCCUGCCAACCCGUACACAUUUCGUGUACCAUGUAUGCAGUUUUACACCAAAAACACUCAGCUGAGCUGCUUCAUACAUGUGCAGUAUUUUAGUCAGCUGGCAAAUAAAGGUGCUAAUUUAAUACGUUGAUUUAGGCACAGCAGGACAUAACACCCCCUGCACAACAUUCAGAGUGAGCAAGUUUGUUGGGACUGAGAGUUGGCCUGUUAGGACAAGGUAAAAUCAGGAAAGUCAAGAAUUAAUAUGUAUUUAUACUGAAAAGAAGCACACAAUGUUUUAUGCCUUUUGAAGCACUUUAUCAAUCAUAACGGUUAUACAGGAGCACACGCUAGCAUUCUGUGAGCUGCUCAUGUCACUUGGAAUUAUGCCAUUGCCAUACCUUGAGCUAAUAAGAAUAGCAAAUGUGUCGCCAGAGGUACUUUCAGUGCAUCUGCAGAAAACAGAAAUUUGGCAGCUCUGUUAGGAAAUUUCUGGGUCCAACAAAACAGCUUCCUUAUAGUGAACGCAACAAUGAUCAACACGCACAACUCUGUCUGAUUUUAUGAGUAGAAAAUAAAUAAAUAAAAAAGGCAAUUACUUCAUUAACAUACCAAAGACGUGAGGCUGUAGAGCAGGUCGGGAACAAAUAUCUACAAAAAUCUGCUUCGAAGAAUCUGGUGAAGAAUUGCUCCUAAAAAUAAAAGUAUCAAACAGGACCUUAACCAAAUUAUCUUUCUUUAGAAAGGCACUUUUUGUUAGCUAAAAACAAAUGUACAAGAUAAACAAACACGUACUACUAGAUCUCUCUCGUAAGUGUAAUUGAAUGCUCUUACAUUAUUGCAAUUAUGUAUUAAACAUUUAUGUUAAGACAUUUAUAAAGGAAGUUCUCACAUCUAUGUAUUUUCACAUAGUACCCUCAUUCGUGGUUCCACUUCUUCAGUCAGAUGACACCAACUAAACUGUUCUCGUACAUUAGAUAAGUGUGUUCUUGUGUUACCAAGCAACCACAAUCAAGCAGGACUUUACACAAACAUGGUUAGCAUAUUUUGUGCUCAGCAGAUAUGCAUCUGUUAUUGUUCUCUCUGUAAUAUUUAGUAUAAUGUUAACUGGGGAACUCUAGGUAUCCAGCAUGAUCUACUUCUCCUUCGUUUUUUAGAAAAGUGGUCUGAUGGAUGAUUGCGCAGCCAGGAUGAUGUGAGCUAUUUGUUGUCACAUUACAUCCAGAAGUUACCGAACUUUAACAUGGAAAAGCAGCAAAGACAGGAAACAGAAAUGUUUGAGAGUUACUGAUCAGGUCUGAUUGUUGGCUGUGCUGAAUACGUAGAUCUUAAAUACGUAAAUACAGAAAUGGAUUUCUUGACAUAGACAGUUGGUUCCAAAAAGAGAGAGAACUAGUUAAUUUAUGUUGGAUAUGCCCGAUAACAGUGUUUAUAUGGUUUCACAUAUAAAAUUGACAUAUGACCCUCAGUAUUAUCUUGGCCUGGAAUAGUGUUUUUUUUAUGGUUUGUAAGAAGUGUGUGGAUUCAAUGUGUAACCUAAAAACAAAACGGCAACAUUAGGAACUCAUUUGUUUCAGCAGAUCAUAAGGUCUAACUUACCAUGGUCUGUGGCGGAAAAUACAGAUGAGCAGUAGUUGGCAGCUGUGAACUAAAUAUAAACAAGUUGCCCUGAAACACUACUUUUUAAGCUACUUUUGUAUGCUCACCUUUUCUUAAAUGCAGGGCCACAUGGAAUCUGAGGAUGCAGAAUUCCACAGAACUUUCUGCUAAUUUUUAAAAAAUGAAAUAAAAAAUAAAUAAAUAAAAAACCUCAGAAUGUUAACAUGUCCACCCCAAGCAGAAAAAAGGCAGCUAAAUUCUGCAGAUUUUCAUUCUGGAUCACCGCUUAAAACUGUAAAAAGAAAAAAUAAUAAUUAUAAUAAUCUGCAGAUUCUUUUUUUGACUGUUGUUUAGAUGUUGCUCUAGUGCCACAGGUUAUGUAACAACUGGACAGGUAAAAGCUUAUCAUUACCAUGUGAUGUACACUGCACCCACACAUGCUCAGUUAUCUUGACGUUUUAUCUGUUUGAUUUGAGACACCAUCACGUAUAUUAUACAGCCCGAGUUAAUUUUUUUUUUUCUUCUGUUUUCUAUCUUGAGCAGCUGACACAGAUUUUCAUCUUCUCCAGUGCUGUUAUGGUACUUUAAAAUGUCUAGGGUUGGCAGGUCUGAUAGGAACUAAAAAAAAAAACAUCCCACAAGAUCUGGACAGAGGUCACCAUAAUG